AUGCUAUUGAGGCUCGGUGGCCGCUUCACCCUCACCCGGGCUUCUCGUCAAAUACCUCUGGCAAGAUCCCCAGUGGCCUGGUCAGGGUGCCAAUGGAUUGACUUUCCUCGAAUCUCAACUCUGCAGCCUCAGUCGCGGCCAAGACUAGCUGCAUUUUCCACCCAAUCUACCAACCGCGGACCUUUGGAUGACUACAUUGGUGGAGGUCAAGAUAGACGUUCCAAUGGCAAUCCCUUCCCACCCGAGGAGCCCAGUCUCCUCCGAAAGAUGGGCGAGUCUGCCGCUACUACCUUGGCAUCCAUCCUCGUUCUAGCGCUGGGCUUUGCCUUUGCUGGCUACGCGUACCACAAGUCGUACAAGCGCAUCGUUCUCAAGAAGAUGACCAGGGCUUUCGAGCCUGGAGACCCCGUGCUAGACCUGGCGGCGCUGGCCAAAGGUGUGCCAUCAACAGGCCACGCAGAUGGCCGCUGGGUAUUCCGCGAAGAACAGGAGCACGUUGACGAGAUUCUCGCCGGGGAUGUUUCCGGCCACUACUACCUACUAAUCGGCGACAAAGGCACGGGGAAGAGCAGCAUGCUGAUUGAGGCCAUGCGCAAGGUCGACGGUCAAGGCAUUGCCAUGUUUGAGGCACACUCAGACUUGGAAAUUGUCAGGAUACGCCUAGGAAAAGCCCUCGAUUUCGAGUUUCACGAGGACUACAUUGGCGGCUAUUUCAGUGAACGCGGCCCGAGAGAUUCGACGGCCCUCCUCGACAUCGAAAGGGCCCUCAAUAAGCUAGAAAAGGUGGCCCUUGUCAACAGGGAGACGCGUGGGAGGCCGCUCAUUCUUAUCAUCAACCAGAUGCAUCUUCUUCGAGAUGACGAAGACGGAAAGGACCUCAUCGAGUUGCUCCAACAGCGCGCUGAACAGUGGGCGGCAGCCAACCUCGUCACGCUGGUCUUCAACAGUGAUGAUUACUGGGUGUAUGAGAGACUAAAACAACUUGCCACCAGGAUGGAAGUCAUUCCCGUCAUGGACCUGCCAAGGGAGGAAGCCCUAGCAGCCUUGAAAACGUACCGCGAGAAACAUUUUUACAAUGAGGAAAUCCCCGAGUGGGUUUUUGAACGAGUAUACGAUAUGGUUGGCGGUCGCCUCAGCUUUCUCAACCGGGUGGCGAGAAGCUAUGACAUGAUGAGCACCUGCCGUUCGAUAGUUGACAUCGAGAAGAAGUGGUUCUUGAACCAGUGUUGGAUCCUGGGUGCUGAGAUGGACGACGACGUUAUGGACCAGCAAAAGUGGGCUGCUGCCGCAAUGUCUCUCGCCCUUGCGCUUGUCGACAAAGAAGAAGAAAUGGAGUUGACCUAUGACCCUCGGAUCGGCCAUGUCCUCCCGACCUACCCCUUUCACAAAGCCCAAGAGAUCAUGACGCGGUGCGACUUCAUCCGCCAACUUGACAACCUCAACCUCUUCUCCAUCACCGCGUCCGCCGACGUGCGCGCAAGCUCCGUACCCAUGCACUACGCCUUUAAAGAAAUCUGCUCCGAGCCAGGUUUCCGAGAGCACCUCGCAGCCACGAUACAGCGCAUCGCCGAUAUCGAGUCGCUCGGCCGCACGCGCGAGCUGGUGGCCAAGGACCUUGUUCUCGGCGGAGAGUAUCACAUCAGCCGCGGAGGAUGGAGGGACGGAGGCGUCGUCGUGAAACUAAAGCAAGCCGACGAAGACGACGGGGAAGACGACGGCAAGGACGACAAGGACGAAAAGAAAAACUAG